AUGGCUGGAAACAGACGGACCAUCUGUGAUGAGAGAGGCGUAUGUGCCGGCUGGCCUUUCGCUUCACCUGGGAAAACUGCGUUCCAAAUUAAAGAGCAAACCCUUGCCCCCAGCAAAACUAAAUCCCGAUUAACUCAGAAUUGGAGGGGGAGAUGCUCCGUCCUUGAACCCUGCCUGGCCGAACUCUGGUGGGUGACAAAUCCCACAAACCCGUCGGUUCCCUCAGGCUAAGCGCAAAGUCCUUGCGCUUGGCAGGGGACGAGAGAUCUCGGGAUUUAGCUGGAUUACUCUUGCGACGGCGGACUCUCUGUUGCGUCUUCUGAUAUUGCGGUGAUGGUGUGUGCUGUGGGAAGGGACCUUCAAGGUGAUCUCUUCCCAGGAGUGUCCAAAGCUGUUGGUCACACUCAGCUGUAUGUUGACACAGUUGGCACAGAAUUAUGGGAUUGCUAAUGGGCCAACAGUAGGGUUGCCAGGUUUGUGUCCAGUUCUGGGUACCACAAUUCAAAAAAGUAAUCUGCCUCUCUUUGUUCUUGAACUAUGAUUUCUUGUCUUCCAGCUCCUGUUUCCCCAUCAAGCCAGCGAGCAGUGCCAGCCACCAAACCCAAAGUUGCCCUGGAUCCCCACAUUCGUCUCAAAGAUGGCAAACUUGAACUGAUGCUGCAGUAUCUAAGUCUUGAUGUGAGCGAGGAGAAGAAGAGGCAGUUAAGGCAGAGCCUGACGACGGACUCACAAGGAACAGUGGCCUACGGAGAUUUCCUCCAAGCUCUCAGGGACCUCCUUCCAGAGGAGCUUGAAGAAGCUGGCAUCAAUUCCAAUUCUGUGCUCUUCACUCAAUACGAAGUGGCCACUUUGCUGGACACAUCCGCUUUCCAUUCUCUGGUCAGCCUUCAGCUCUCCCAAACCCCUUUAUUCCUUGCCCCUAUUCCAGGAGGCAUAACUAUUUGUGCACAUACUAAAGGAUGAGAGAGUA